AUGUACUCUUCAUCCUCUGUAUCAAAACGCUUCGUUUCCGUCUCCAUAUUGGCUGUGGUGGCCAUACCACUCGUCUUUAUGCGCAGUGUUUUGUCCCUGAGCCAGACCAUUGCAUUGAACCAGACCAAUGAAUAUCUACACCACAAAUGCAUUAACAGUCAAGGGACAUACAAUUCAGGAAGUCCAUACGAGGAAAGCCUAAACCGUGUAGUCCGUUCCAUCUCUAACGAUCUUCGCAGUGGUUUCGCCCACGCCUCUAAUGGAAACCCUCCAAAUACCGUCUUUGUAAAGCUUCAAUGCCGUGGUGACUCCUACUGGUCCAAGUGCCGGUCUUGCCUCUCCACCGCAUUCUCUGGGCUUGGUAGGAGAUGUCCAAAAAAUAAAGGGGGAAUAAUCUGGUAUGACAACUGCGUUCUCGAGAUUUCUUCGGUCAAUACCUUAGCAAAAAUUGAUUACCAGAACUACUUCUAUUUGUUCAACGCGAAGGAUAUGAGCGACAAUAUAGAUUCGUUCAACAAGAAUACAAAGGCUCUCCUAUAUAAACUGAAGGAGAAAGCCAAUAGUAAAGAAAAUAAUGCCGGCAAGGAUAACACCGUGUACGCUGCUGGGGAGAAUGUGUUCGGCACUAAGAAGUUGUACGCAAUGGUGCAAUGUAGGAAGGACUUAUCACCUGACGAGUGCAAUGUGUGUUUGAACUGGAUAUUGCCGAUGCUUCCCAAAUGUUGCAAUGGUAAACAAGGAGGAAGAGUUUUGAGCACGAGCUGUAAUUUUAGGUAUGAGCUUUACCCUUUUGUAAAGACUUAA